AAACGCUCUGCUUCUUCUCCUUUCUCCGGCGGCGACUGACAAUCCUACACUCUUUAGCUCGCUCUGAUUCGAUCCCAAAACCUGCAAACCUCUAACCCUAGGAAUGGACGAAAUAUGCGAAGGGAAGGAUUUCUCCUUCCCAAAAGAAGAAGAAAAGAUUCUGAAGUUAUGGGACGACAUCAAAGCCUUCGAGAAUCAGCUCAAACGAACCGAGAACAUGCCAGAAUACGUCUUCUAUGAUGGGCCACCAUUCGCUACUGGCCUGCCUCAUUAUGGACACAUACUUGCAGGAACAAUCAAGGACAUUGUUACAAGGUACCAGUCUAUGCUUGGGCACCAUGUGACGAGGAGGUUUGGAUGGGAUUGCCAUGGGUUACCUGUUGAACACGAGAUCGAUAUCAAGUUGGGGAUUAAGAGUAGAAAGGAUGUUGAGGAGAUGGGGAUCGAUAAGUAUAACGAGGAGUGUAGGAGUAUUGUUACGAGGUAUGUUGAGGAGUGGGAGAUUAUUGUGAAGAGGACUGGGAGAUGGAUUGAUUUUAAGAAUGGUUAUAAGACGAUGGAUCUUACAUACAUGGAAGGGGUUUGGUGGGUUUUCUCGCAGCUUUAUGAGAAGGGUUUGGUUUAUAAGGGUUUUAAGGUUAUGCCGUACAGUACUGGGUGCAAAACCCCGCUUUCGAACUUUGAAGCCAACUUGAACUAUAAGGAAGUACCCGACCCUGAAAUUAUGGUGUCUUUCCCAAUAGUUGGUGAUCCACAUAAUGCAGCUUUUGUGGCAUGGACGACAACGCCAUGGACUCUUCCGAGUAAUCUUGCUCUUUGUGUCAAUGCAAAUUAUACCUAUGUAAAGGUACGAGAUAAGGUAUCUGGAUCAACAUAUGUUGUUGCUGAAUCUCGAUUAUCUCAGCUACCCAGCAAGAAACCAAAACCAGAUACACCAAGUGGACCAGUUCAAGAUCCAAAACAUUCGAAUUCGAAUUCGAAGAGCAAAAGCUCCUCGAAUGAAAAAGUUAAGAAUGCGGUGGAUACUGGAUCUUAUGAGUUGCUAGAGAAAGUCACUGGUGCUUCUCUGGUGGGGAUGAAGUACGUCCCACUAUUUGAUUACUUUAUGGAGUUGUCAGAUGCUGCAUUUAGAGUUGUUGCGGACAAUUAUGUCACUGAUGAUAGUGGUACGGGUGUAGUUCAUUGUGCUCCUGCAUAUGGUGAAGAUGAUUAUCGUGUUUGCAUUGAGAAUCAAAUAAUCAAUAAGGGAGAGAGCCUAAUUGUGGCAGUUGAUGAUGAUGGCUCCUUUACUGAUAAAGUUUCAGACUACAGGGGGAAGUAUGUCAAGGAUGCCGAUAAGGAUAUUAUUAAUGAUGUGAAGGCCAAAGGCAGGCUUGUUAAAUCUGGAAGCUUUAUGCAUUCUUAUCCGUUCUGUUGGAGAUCUGAUACCCCUCUUAUUUAUAGAGCAGUUCCAAGCUGGUUUGUUGCAGUGGAAAAGUUGAAAGACCAAUUGCUAGAAAAUAACAGGCAAACAUACUGGGUUCCCGAUUAUGUUAAGGAAAAACGUUUUCACAAUUGGCUGGAAAAUGCUAGAGAUUGGGCUGUCAGUCGUAGUAGGUUUUGGGGUACUCCUCUUCCUAUAUGGAUUAGUGAGGAUUGGGAGGAAAAGAUAGUCAUGGAUUCGAUUGGAAAACUGGAACAGCUCUCUGGGGUUAAGGUGACUGAUCUGCAUCGUCACAAUAUUGAUCAUAUCACCAUUCCAUCUAGUCGUGGCCCAGAGUUUGGUGUUCUUCGACGAGUUGAUGAUGUAUUUGAUUGCUGGUUUGAGAGUGGUUCCAUGCCCUAUGCUUAUAUCCAUUACCCAUUUGAGAAUGUUGAACUGUUUGAAAAUAAUUUCCCUGGGCAUUUUGUGGCUGAGGGACUGGAUCAAACUCGUGGAUGGUUCUAUACUCUUAUGGUUCUGUCUACUGCGUUAUUUGGAAAACCUGCAUUCAGGAAUCUCAUUUGCAAUGGUUUGAUAUUGGGUGACGAUGGGAAAAAAUUGAGUAAAAGAUUGAGGAACUACACAUCACCUAUGGAAGUCAUAAAUGAUUAUGGAGCUGAUGCAUUACGAUUGUACAUUAUAAAUUCCCCAGUUGUGCGUGCGGAGCCUUUAAGGUUCAAAAAGGAUGGAGUUUAUGCUGUUGUGAAAGAUGUCUUUCUUCGAUGGUAUAAUGCUUAUAGAUUUCUUGUUCAGAAUGCAAAAAGGCUUGAGGUUGAGGGCCUUGCACCAUUUGUUCCAACUGAUCAAAUCACUCUUCAGAUGUCGGCAAAUGUGCUUGACCAGUGGGUCAAUUCUGCAACAGAGAGUCUUGUUCACUUUGUUCGCCAAGAGAUGGAUGCUUAUAGGCUGUACACGGUGGUACCAUAUCUUUUGAAAUUUAUUGACAACCUUACAAAUAUUUAUGUACGGUUCAACCGGAAGAGACUGAAAGGCCGUACAGUGGAGGAAGACUGCAGAACAGCAUUGUCGACCCUUUACCAUGUUCUUCUAACUACAUGUAAGGUGAUGGCCCCAUUCACGCCAUUCUUUACCGAAGUUCUUUAUCAAAAUAUGCGUAAGGUUUGUAAUGAGUUGGAGGAAAGCAUUCACUAUUGCAGUUUCCCUCAAGCAGGAGGAAAGAGAGAUGAACGCAUUGAACAAAGUGUAACAAGAAUGAUGACAGUUAUUGAUCUUGCACGUAACAUUCGUGAGCGUCACAACAAACCUCUGAAAUCACCACUUAUGGAGAUGAUUGUGGUUCAUCCUGACACCAGCUUUCUUGAGGACAUUGCUGGUAAACUAAAAGAGUAUGUGCUUGAAGAGCUCAAUAUUAGGUCACUUGUUCCAUGUAAUGAUCCUCUGAAAUAUGCUUCUUUACGUGCGGAGCCUGAUUUCAGUGUAUUGGGUAAACGGCUAGGAAAAGCUAUGGGAACUGUUGCCAAGGAAAUCAAGGCAAUGUCUCAGGCAGAUAUCUUAACAUUUGAGCAAGAUGGAGAAGUAACAGUUGCUGGACACUGUUUGAAGAGGACUGAUAUCAAGGUUAUUCGGGAAUUCAAGCGUCCAGAUGAUAAGGAAAAGGAGUUUGAUGCUGCUGGAGACGGUGAUGUUUUGGUGAUUUUGGACAUGCAUGCUGAUGAGUCAUUGUCUGAUGCGGGUGUUGCUCGAGAGGUUGUUAAUAGAGUCCAAAAGUUACGUAAGAAAGCUAGGCUUGAACCGACGGACAUUGUAGAGAUGUACUUUGAAUCACUUGAUGACAACAGAACCAAGCUGCAUCAUGUCUUGAAUUCACAAGAGCCUUAUAUCAGAGACACACUUGGUUCUCCACUUCUUCCUUCUUCUGUGACUCCAUCCACCGCCGUUUUGCUUUGCGAGGAAGCUUUCCAUGGUGUGUGUGGAUUUUCAUUUAUUAUCAGAUUAGCGAGGCCCACACUAUCUUUCAAUUAUGAUGCUGUUCUUGCAUUGUAUUCAGGCAAUGUGAAAUUUUCUGAAGGUUUACUGAUCUAUUUGUUGUCAAGAGAUUACCAUAACCUGAAGUCAGAGUUCCAAAAUGGCAAUGACAAGAUCACUGUAGAUUGUAUAGAAGGUCAGCCAGCAGUGGAUGUGCUUUUGAGGAAACACGUAUUCUUAACCACUGGAGAUCUCUAUUUGAGUACCAGAACAGAUUGAUUUUCCUUGAGAAGGUUUAUCUCCUUCAAUUAUUAGUAAUAUUAGCUUUGGAAGCUAGCUCUUAUGAGCCAUUUUUUCUGUACUCUUCAACUUACAAAUUCAAAAAUUUUAUUAAUGAAAGAAAAAUAUUGUAUU